CUUUACCGUAUCCUCUGCCAUGGCAGCAAUACAUCUCACCCACCUACACCUGUCCACCUACCGCCUACGCACCUAAAGGCACUGUACAAUACACCUUGGCCAACACAUACACAGUUCGUAUUCCCAGAUCUAGACCCUGUCGUUCCACUGUCUUCCAGGACAAGAUGACGAAGAUGCCUCGACGCACUGUAAGCUACCUACGUAAGGUAGGUAUAAUAUAUCAGGUGGUUGGACCUCUCUUUAUUUCGAACACUUCCCAUACUUCCCAUCAUCCAUGAAUAGCUUCCUGCAUAUUUCCUGCAACCUGAAGUCAUCAUUUUUUACCCGUUUGGUAAUCUCUUUUUACGCCGAAUAGCAUUGUACAUUACACCGAUACAUUCACCCGGGAUCCGUGUGUAACAUCUUCCCGAGACCUGUCUCUUGUGUCGAGGUGACACCGUCUAGACCGUCGACUCGAGGCUUGGAAAUUUUGAGCCUCUCGUCUUCCUUUCUUGUAUAUACCGUUCUUGCAUUUCAUAUCCCUGCGGAUGCAUAUUCAGACUACCAUGACCUCUUCAGCGUGGAGAUGUCUCGUGAUAGCCACGGCACUGUUCUCAUGCCGGGCCUCAGCCCAGACCUAUUCCUCUUGCAAUCCUCUAAGUUCGACAUGUCCUGCGGAUACGGCCCUCGGCAUGUCAAUUGACGUCGACUUCACACAAGGAGAAGUUAACUCCUUCACCAAAUCAGGCGGUGACCCUACGUAUGGUUCGGACGGCGUAACCUUCACAGUCAGCAAGAGCGGCGACGCGCCUCAACUCACAUCCGUCUUCUACAUCAUGUUCGGUCGAGUCGAAGUCAGCUUAAAAGCCGCACCCGGCGCCGGUAUCGUCUCAUCCUUCGUUCUGCAAUCCGACGACCUCGACGAGAUUGACUGGGAAUGGUUGGGCGCCGAUUCGACCGAGGUGCAAUCGAAUUACUUUGGCAAGGGUCAGACUACGACUUAUAACCGCGGGCAAUUCCAUGAGAUGGGAGAUAACCAAGGCGACUUUGCUACAUACGUGGUAGAUUGGACGAGCGAUCGAAUUGUCUGGACCGUGGAUGGGACAGUAGUGAGAACACUUGAAGCUUCCGACGCCGAAUCGAACCAAUACCCUCAAACUCCUAUGCAAGUUAAGUUCGGCGCGUGGUCUGGCGGCGACUCGAGCAAUGCGCAAGGCACGAUCGAAUGGGCGCGCGGUCCUACCGAUUACUCCAAGGGUCCUUUCAGCAUGGGCGUCAAGACUUUGAAGGUGACGGACUACAGCACAGGUCAUUCUUACACCUAUGGCGACACCUCCGGUUCUUGGCAGUCUAUCAAGGCCGACGGCGGCGAGGUAAACGGUAACCAGGGAGGUGCUGGCACUCUGACUAGCACGGCAGUCGCAAGCGGCACGACCUCAACCGGAAGCGCUAGUGUCCCCGCGGGUGGUAUAGGCGGUUCAAGCACUCAAGGAUCUAGCUCCUCCAACUUGCCGGAGGGUUGGGUCAUGACCUCGGAAGGGAAAAUUGUGCCCUCAGCCUCGAACACAUUGCGCCCUGUCUUCCCUUUCGUUUUCUCAUUUACCCUAUGCGCUACCCUUGCUGGUAUCCGGAGAUUUUGGCUUUGAAAAGCUAUAACGUCGCAAUAGCCUCGUGAAGGCAAUUGGCACUCCAUUGGCAUUGGGCUCAAUGGAAUUAAAGAUCUAUCAAUGAUUGCCAGUCUUAAUUUCUACGCGAUUUAUUUGUCGUAGCUUCCUACGAUAGAAGUCAUCUAAUUAUAAUAUAAGGGAUGGGGACAAUAGAUUUGGCAAUCAAUUAUGGGAGCAUUUAGGAAAGCGAGAAGGAUAAAGCAUGGUUACUACGACGAGAACGAAGUUAGAAGAGAUAGAGGGAUCACUAUACCCAGAUUUGACAUGACAGGGCAUCGCAUUUAAGGCGUUGGGAACUAUGAAAUAGGAUAUAGCAUAGCUUGGCACAUUGUAUAUUAUACCAAGCAAAUUGACAAAUGGACAUUUCGCCAAUCUUUGUUUUUUAUACUCAUUCAAAUAUGUGAGGGUACCCGAAAGUAUCACAUACAUGUAUACUUAAAUUUGGAGUACAG